GAGGGCAGUCUCGAGUCAAAUCGGUUUUCGUUGACUUGCUCGCUCCUCCUCUGUCCAUCGUUUCUAGCAAGCUAGCUAGAAAACUUGGAGAGCUACCUUGAAGUGUGGGACUCAAACAGGCUGACGGAAAAUGACAGACGUCGAGGGAGAGGGAAUUAAUUCGGUGGCACCUCCGUUAGUUCAGCCAUCCUCUCGUAACGGCUCCGGUGUCAGCCCAACGCAGGGCACCGGCAGUUGCCAAACGGUGACUACCGUUACUUCAGGCCCGCGACUGGUGCGGAUAGUCAAGUCUGACUCGGGAUAUGGCUUCAAUGUCCGGGGACAGGUUAGCGAAGGAGGACAACUACGGAGCAUCAACGGGGAAUUGUAUGCCCCGCUACAGCAUGUCAGUGCUGUUUUACCGGGAGGUGCAGCGGACAGAGCCGGUAUCUCGAAAGGGGACCGGAUUCUGGAAGUUAAUAGUGUGAACGUGGAGGGGGCGACCCAUAAGCAGGUGGUGGAUCUGAUCCGUGUGGGGGAGAGGGAGCUGAUGCUGGCCGUGCUGUCUGUACCUCCCCAGGAGGCUGACUGUCUGGACCCCGGAGACGACGGCUCAGCCCAGUCCUGCUACGACUACAGCGACAAACAGGCCGUCCCCAUCUCCGUCCCCACAUACAAACACGCUGAACUCAACCAGGAGAGGUUUGUGGUGUAUAAUGUGUACAUGGCAGGCAGACAGCUGUGUUCUAAAAGAUACAGGGAGUUUGCUAUCCUCAACCAGAACCUGAAGAGAGAGUUUGCCAACUACACCUUCCCAAAAAUACCUGGCAAAUGGCCCUUCUCCCUGUCUGAACAACAACUAGACGCUAGACGCAGGGGACUGGAGGAAUACCUGGAGAAAGUGUGUUCAGUGAGGGUGAUUGGGGAGAGUGAUGUCAUGCAGGAGUUUCUGUCUGAUGAGUCUGAUGAGAACUAUAACGGCGUAUCAGAUGUGGAGUUGAGGAUAGCCAUGCCUGAUAAAACCACCGUCACAGUCCGAGUCCGCAAGAACUGUACUACUGACCAGGUCUACCAGGCUGUGGUCAUGAAAGUAGGAAUGGACAGCAUAACGGCCAGCUACUUUGCUCUGUUUGAGGUCAUCAACCACUCCUUUGUGCGUAAACUGGCUCCUAAUGAGUUCCCCCACAAGCUGUAUGUUCAGAACUACACGUCUGCUGUCCCUGGGACCUGCCUCACCCUGCGCAAGUGGCUCUUCACCACCGAGGAGGAGAUCCUGCUUAAUGACAACCAACUGGCCAUCAGCUACUGCUUCCACCAGGCGGUGGAUGAUGUGAAAAGGGGAUUUAUCAAGGCGGAGGAGAAGUCCUACCAGCUACAGAAAUUAGCAGAACAGAAGAAGAUGGCCAUGUAUCUCAGUAUGUUACGGGGCUGUGACGGCUACAAUGAGAUCAUCUUCCCACACUGCUCCUGUGACUCCCGACGCAAAGGCCACGUCAUCACAGCCAUCAGCAUACACCACUUUAAACUGCAUGCCUGCACAGAGGAGGGAACGCUAGAGAACCAGGUGAUCGUGUUUGAGUGGGUGGAGAUGCAGCGAUGGGACACUGAUGAGGAGGGCAUGGCCUUCUGCUUCGAGUACGCCAGGGGAGACAAGAAACCUCGCUGGGUCAAGAUCUUCACUCCCUACUUCAACUACCUGCAUGAGUGCGUUGAGAGAGUCUUCUGUGAACUCAAGUGGAGGAAAGAGGUGGAAGAGGAGGAUGUGGAUAAAGACAAUAAGAACUGCAGUAAAGAUGGUAUGUGUAGCAAGAAUAUCUUCCAGCUGUUGAGACACAGAAGGGAUGGAGGCACCUAGGAGGAGAGAUCAUCACCUCCUAAACAUGCUCUCCUCCAUCCAUCGCUCUGGUCUGGCUCGGCCUGAACUACCACCACUACCUGUCCUCACAACUACUACUACACCAACUACAAACCAACAAACUACAACUUCUACAUACCAAUAACAGCAACUACAGAUCAACAACCACUAAACACCAUCAAACUACAAAUGAACAACUUCUGGACUGACUGAAGGAGAAAGAACGAUGCACACUACAACUUAAGCUGUUAUUCACCAUGAACCCUUGAAUACAACCCAACCACACGAUAUAAACCCACUAGACAAGACAACAGGAAGCUACAGUGGAAACAUAUAGCAGUUUUGUACAGGUGAAUAAAUAACUCUAAAGACUUAGAUACAUGCCUUCAUACAUCACAUCACCUCUUUGGUCAAAACUCCAUGGAGACCUGUGACAAUAGUUAAGGAGGCUAAGGAGGCUGAAGUCUUGUGGUGGGAUUGGAUGAAGGAGAUGGUUCUCUGGGACGAUAUUGGACAAGGGAUUUGACACGUGCAAGGCCAUUGGGUGUUUUGUGGCCACUUUGGAAUGCUCUGGACUGGAACAGAGUGCAGUGGAAGAAGAGAACAAAAGAGGGAUACAGAUGCUGGAACAGAACCUGUUCUAAAAGAGGAAACGGCUGGUGGUGAUGAAACAACCUGUUCUGAAAGAGGAAACAGCUGGUGGUGAUGGAACAACCUGUUAUAAAAGAGGAAACGGCUGGUGGUGAUGGAACAACCUGUUCUAAAA